UUUUGCGCUUUAGGCAAAAGAGUAUACUCACGCGGCGCACUGCACAUUGGGAUCCCUUACGACAUCUGUGCCCACGUAGACAUAGGCACACUUAUGCAUGCACAAAUGUAAGGGUCAAAAUGCAGAGGAUUUUUAUCCCUCCCCUUCAUUCCUUGGCUCAUUCGCUAAUCCGUUCAGUUACAUAAAAUAGGACAUCUUCAUGAACCUUGAGCAGGUCCAGGUGCAGGGAAAAAAAAAGAAAAAGUAAUUAACCAUCCCUAGCAGGAGCAUCUGAAGCGAACGCAGAGAAGAACGAACAAAAUGAAGAAAAAUGCAGAAUCCGCUGACAGACAGGGGAAGGUCGAAAAGAAGUGCAUCCAGGACAUGCUAAAAGAAAACGACUGCGAAACUGUGGAGGAGCUUAAAAAUUUAAUAACCUUCCUGAACAGCGAAAAUAAAAGGCUGCACUCAGUAAACAUUGAAUCGCUCAAAAAAAUAAACAUCCUUACGGUGAGGGUGAAGAAUUUAGAAAGCUUAGCAAAAAAUUAUGACCAGUUUUAUCAAAAUGGAAAGAACUACAAGGACAAGUUGGAGCAGCUCAGCCGCAAAGUGAAUGCGCUCAUGGGUUACGCAAAGGACAAACAAAACGAGUGCUGCGAACUGAUCGGAGAGCAAGACAAGUACUUUAGAAACUUCUUCGCAAACCUGAAUAAAAUUAUCCAGUCGAUUGUUUCGUUUGACACGGAUGGAAACCGAGGAGAAGGAAGUGCCUCUCCCCGUGUUAGCAGCCCCCUUGAUGGGGAAAGUUACCACCAAAGGGGGCAACCAAAAGGGUCCUCUUCAGCCUGCACAUCCGACAAUGACGAUGACAAUCGCGGUUACGCCAAUUCGGAAGAUGAAGAAAACAAAAUACAAAAACAACGGUCUAAUUAUUUAACCGUGACAAGGGAAUGCACACAUAACAGGAUGAACACGCACGGUAAAACAUCCAACCGUGCCGAUAUGUCCCCCCUUGAUGAGUCACGAAUGAAGGAAGAACAAGACAGGUGCAACGAAAGAAUCGAAAAAAUAAAAAGUCUAUGCGAAUCAUUCAGAAAUAUAGACAAUGAGUCUUCCAAAUCGGGCAAUUCCGAUGGAAGUAGAAAACCAAAUGGGAAUCUUCCCCUUUCGUCAAAGCAAAAAAAAAAGAAAAAAAAAAAAACCUUAGAUAGUCAGCUUGGUGAGACAUUCCAUUCAGGGUGGGAGAAUGACCCUAUGCAGGAGUACCAACUGGAGAAUGAUGAGGACAUAAAACUAGCCCAUAGUGAACAUUUAGGGGAUGGAAAAAUACGUGAAAAAGUGACAUACAAAAAAAUGAAUGGAAGCAAAGUGGAUGCACAAAAGAGACCGGACAACAUUGCGGAUUAUGAUAAGGACAUAAAAAAAAGGUUAAACAAUUUGGUAAACGACGUAAGUAGUAGUAGUAGUAGUAGUAGUAGUAGGGGAAACAAAAAAAAUAACGACGUGGCUGCAAAGAACAAUCCUUCCACUAAAGUCCCAAGUGUUCAAAGCAAUAUUAUGGAUAUUUUAAAUAAUCGAAUACAUAAGGCUUCGUUGGAGCACAUAGAAAGUAGCACUACCCCCAAGUACGUCAAAUAUAACACUAUACAUCGGGAAAUUAUGAAUCCACGUCAACACUUUGUUAAGCAGAACAAAAAUUCUGUUGAUCAUAUAAUUUGCCUGUAA